GACACAAGAUGAGUGGGCGGUAGAGGAGCUGAUUUGUGCAGCAGUCGGGCAACAAACAGUUCUUGUGGGAUUGAUCUCUGGGGAAGGAUAAUCUGGGUAAUCCUAUAACCAGCACCGGUGGACUCCGCCUCUUUUGCUCUUCUCUAACCCCCCCCCCCUUUUUUUUUUCACGUCGACCCUUUCGUUCCUGUUCUGUCCUGAAAAGUAAUUGAUUUUCAGAGUAGUUUAGUUUGUCUCCCAGCCAACACUUGACUCAUUUGAGUCCUGGUCCUGAGUGACUGGCGUCCUGCCAACGCCACACUUGCAUCCGAAGGCAUGUGGCACCCCGCAGCAUCAUCUGCAACUGGAGGAAGUCCUAGGAGGGAGAUAGGUUAUGGCCACUAUUCUACAGGGCCAAUGAGCACAGCCCACACACACCCUUCUCACAUGGGUGGCAUGGUCGGCCACUCGUCAGUCAUCAGCACCUCUAGGCCCUUACCGUCCCCGAUGUCCUCCUUGGUUUCGCCGAUGAACGGACUGGCUUCACCUUACCCCGUCAUUACAUCUUCUCUGGGUUCGCCCUCUAUAUCUCUGCCGUCCACACCCAACAUGAACUUUGGACCACUCAGCAGUCCACAGAUGAAUUCUAUGAACAGUGUUAGCAGCUCAGAGGACAUCAAGCCUCCACCCGGCCUACAGAACCUGGGAAACAUCAACUACCAGUGUACGAGUCCUGGGGGAAUGUCAAAGCACAUCUGCUCCAUUUGCGGGGACCGAUCCUCAGGGAAGCACUAUGGCGUGUACAGCUGCGAAGGAUGCAAAGGCUUCUUCAAGAGGACCGUCCGUAAAGAUCUUACCUACACGUGUCGAGACAGCAAGGAGUGCCUCAUUGACAAACGCCAGCGAAACCGCUGCCAAUACUGUCGCUACCAGAAGUGCCUGGCCAUGGGCAUGAAGAGAGAAGGUGUGUGUACAGCGGUGCAGGAAGAGAGACAGCGUGGGAAGGAGCGAGGAGAAAGCGAGGUGGAAUCAACUAGCAGUUUCAACGAGGAAAUGCCUGUGGAAAAGAUCCUGGAUGCUGAGUUAGCUGUGGAGCCCAAAACAGAGACGUACAGUGACGGCAGCCCCAGCAACUCAACCAAUGACCCUGUCACCAAUAUCUGCCAAGCAGCAGACAAGCAGCUCUUCACCUUGGUCGAGUGGGCCAAAAGGAUUCCGCACUUUUCCGAACUUCCGCUCGACGACCAGGUCAUCCUACUACGAGCAGGCUGGAACGAGCUCCUUAUCGCUUCAUUCUCGCAUCGCUCAGUCACGGUAAAAGAUGGCAUCCUGUUGGCAACAGGCCUCCACGUCCACAGAAGCAGCGCCCACAGUGCUGGAGUGGGCUCCAUCUUUGAUAGAGUCCUGACAGAGCUGGUAUCCAAAAUGAAAGAUAUGCAAAUGGAUAAGACGGAGCUUGGCUGUCUGCGAGCCAUCGUCCUCUUCAACCCAGAUGCAAAAGGUCUUUCAAAUCCACCAGAGGUUGAGGGCCUGAGGGAAAAAGUUUACGCCUCAUUGGAGUCGUACACGAAACAGAAAUACCCAGACCAGCCUGGCAGGUUUGCCAAGCUGCUGCUCCGCCUGCCCGCCCUGCGCUCCAUCGGCCUCAAGUGUCUGGAGCAUCUGUUCUUCUUCAAGCUGAUCGGAGACACGCCUAUCGACACCUUCCUGAUGGAGAUGCUGGAGGCACCGCAUCAGAUCACAUGACAACAGUCCCACCCUUCCCCCUGUAUAUACUCCCACGUUGUCAGCGACCUGAAGAU